UCCCGCUGUCGGUACACUCACUCACACAGACGCAACAACGCACAACGCUCGUGUAAAAUAAUUUGGAAAACUCAAUAAUUUAUAAUUAAACCAACAAAAAGCAAUCUUGCGACAUUAUAAAUAUGUCGAAAGCUGAAACAGCUACAGUGGAAGCCACCGAGGAAAACUCGAAUGAGACUACCUCGGAGGCGGCAACCAGCUCCUCUGGAGAAAAGGAGGCCGAGUUUGAUAACAAAAUUGAAGCCGAUCGCAGCAAACGCUUUGAUUUUCUGCUAAAGCAAACAGAAAUUUUUACGCAUUUCAUGACAAACAGCACAAAGAGUCCCACGAAGCCAAAGGGACGCCCCAAGAAGAUCAAGGACAAAGACAAGGAUAAGGAUGUUGCUGAUCAUCGUCAUCGAAAAACUGAGCAGGAGGAGGACGAAGAGCUACUCGCCGAAGACUCCACGACGAAAGAGAUCAUUCGCUUUGAUGCAUCGCCAGCAUAUAUUAAGAGCGGCGAAAUGCGAGACUAUCAGAUUCGCGGCCUCAACUGGAUGAUCUCGCUUUAUGAAAACGGAAUCAACGGAAUUCUGGCUGAUGAAAUGGGUCUGGGUAAAACGCUGCAGACCAUCUCAUUGCUGGGCUACCUCAAGCACUUCAAAAAUCAGGCUGGUCCGCACAUUGUUAUUGUGCCCAAGUCAACGCUGCAGAAUUGGGUUAACGAGUUCAAGAAGUGGUGUCCCUCGCUGCACGCAGUUUGUCUCAUUGGUGACGCUGAUGCACGUACCACUUUUAUACGCGAUGUGCUGCUGCCCGGCGAGUGGGAUGUGUGCGUCACUUCAUACGAGAUGUGCAUUCGCGAAAAGUCCGUGUUUAAGAAGUUUAACUGGCGCUACAUGAUCAUCGAUGAGGCGCAUCGCAUCAAGAACGAAAAAUCCAAACUCUCGGAGAUAUUGCGUGAAUUCAAAACGGCAAAUCGUCUGCUUAUCACCGGAACGCCGCUGCAAAAUAAUUUGCAUGAAUUGUGGGCACUGCUUAACUUUUUGCUGCCCGAUGUAUUCAACUCUGCAGAGGACUUCGAUGAAUGGUUCAACACAAACACUUGCCUGGGGGAUGAUGCGCUUGUGACUCGUCUGCAUGCUGUGCUUAAACCUUUUCUGCUGCGUCGUUUAAAGGCCGAGGUGGAGAAGCGUCUUAAGCCCAAAAAGGAACUGAAAAUCUUUGUAGGCUUGUCCAGAAUGCAGCGCGAUUGGUACACCAAGGUGUUGCUUAAGGAUAUUGACAUCGUCAACGGAGCUGGCAAAGUGGAAAAGAUGCGAUUGCAGAACAUUUUGAUGCAGCUACGCAAGUGUACCAAUCAUCCAUAUCUGUUCGAUGGCGCCGAGCCGGGUCCACCAUACACAACUGAUACGCAUUUGGUGUUCAAUUCUGGCAAGAUGGCCAUUCUGGACAAAUUGUUGCCGAAGCUGCAGGAACAGGGAUCGCGUGUGCUAAUUUUCUCGCAGAUGACACGCAUGUUGGACAUAUUGGAGGAUUAUUGUCAUUGGCGUAAUUUUAAUUAUUGCCGCUUAGAUGGUCAGACGCCGCACGAGGAUCGUAAUCGUCAGAUCCAAGAGUAUAACAUGGAGAACAGCACGAAAUUUAUAUUCAUGUUAUCAACACGUGCUGGCGGUCUUGGCAUCAAUUUGGCGACCGCCGAUGUGGUCAUCAUUUAUGACUCUGACUGGAAUCCACAAAUGGAUCUGCAGGCUAUGGAUCGUGCCCAUCGUAUUGGCCAAAAGAAGCAAGUGCGAGUGUUCCGUUUGAUCACAGAAAGCACCGUCGAGGAGAAGAUCGUGGAGCGUGCCGAAGUGAAGUUGCGACUGGAUAAAAUGGUCAUUCAAGGCGGUCGUCUUGUUGACAAUCGUGCCCAGCUCAACAAGGACGAAAUGCUUAACAUUAUUCGCUUCGGCGCCAAUCAAGUCUUCAGCUCCAAGGAGACAGACAUCACUGACGAAGACAUCGAUGUUAUUCUCGAACGAGGCGAAGCGAAGACAGCUGAGCAAAAGGCACAUCUGGACAGCAUGGGCGAAAGUUCGUUGCGCACCUUCACCAUGGACACCAACGGCGAGGCUGGCACAUCUUCUGUCUACCAGUUCGAAGGCGAGGAUUGGCGUGAAAAGCAAAAACUAAAUGCUCUGGGCAACUGGAUUGAACCACCCAAGCGUGAACGCAAAGCUAAUUAUGCUGUAGAUGCUUAUUUCCGAGAGGCGCUACGCGUGUCUGAGCCAAAGGCUCCGAAAGCUCCGCGUCCACCGAAACAGCCAAUUGUUCAAGACUUUCAAUUCUUUCCGCCUCGCCUCUUUGAGCUGCUAGAUCAAGAGAUUUAUUACUUCCGCAAAACGGUCGGCUACAAGGUGCCCAAAAACACGGAGCUUGGCUCCGAGGCCAGCAAAGUACAGCGCGAGGAACAACGCAAAAUUGACGAAGCCGAGCCGCUGUCUGACGACGAGAUUGCCGAAAAAGAGACACUACUGUCACAAGGCUUCACCGCUUGGACUAAGCGAGAUUUUAAUCAGUUUAUCAAGGCCAACGAGAAAUAUGGACGCGACGAUAUUGAGAAUAUUGCAAAGGAUGUCGAGGGGAAGACACCCGAAGAGGUCAUCGAAUAUAAUGCGGUGUUCUGGGAACGCUGUACCGAACUGCAGGAUAUCGAACGCAUCAUGGGACAGAUUGAACGUGGAGAGGGCAAAAUUCAGCGAAGACUUUCAAUCAAAAAGGCUCUCGAUCAAAAGAUGUCACGCUAUCGAGCGCCAUUCCAUCAGCUGCGCCUGCAGUAUGGCAAUAAUAAGGGCAAAAAUUAUACAGAAAUCGAGGAUCGCUUCUUGGUCUGCAUGCUGCAUAAGCUGGGCUUUGACAAGGAGAAUGUAUACGAGGAGCUACGCGCCGCCAUACGUGCAUCGCCACAGUUCCGUUUUGAUUGGUUCAUAAAAUCGCGGACGGCGUUGGAGCUGCAGCGUCGUUGUAAUACGCUGAUCACUCUCAUUGAACGCGAGAAUCUCGAGCUGGAGGAGAAGGAGCGAGCCGAGAAGAAAAAGAAAACGCCCAAGACGUCUGGCAGUAGUAGCAGUACCAGCACUCCGGCCCCACCCCCGCAACCUAAAGCGAAUCAGAAACGCAAGAGCGAAGUGGUUGCCACCAGCUCAAAUGCUAAAAAGAAGAAGAAGUAAAGAGAUGCAAAUGAUUAAGAAGUGAACUCAUAAAGCAAAACAAUGACGUCGCGAAAGACGAGAAGAUAAUAAUAAUAAUGAGAUAUAAUUAAUAACACACUUUUCACAUGAGAUUCAGCUCCGUACAGCAUUAGUUGGUAUUCAAGCACAUAACACCUUCAAACUUUCACACACACACUCAGAAACACAGUUUAUAUAUUUAAUGAUCAAAUGUGUUUGUAGCUUUUAGUUCAUCCAGUUGCAUCUCAGUGGGGCGCAAUUAUCCAAACAAAAUCGAUUUAUUUUAUUGCAUACUAUUAUUAAUACUAUAUACUAAAUGCGCGCCGCUGUAUUCUAUUCCACUUAAUUGUACUUCGUUUUUAAGUUCCAAUAUUAUAUGUACCGUAUAUGUAUGAAAAGUAGUGCUACAAAACGAA